AUGCAAGUAGAUUACAGCCAGACUGUUUUUGUUAAAGCUGAGUUUGAUAUCAGCAAGUUCGCCGUGGCAAUGUUCGAGAGAAGUCAAGGCUUUCGCUCGCUGGGACGAAUUCUGGUGCAAAACGAAAAGUUUCUCAUAAUAUGGCUGUUUGUCGUGUUAUUCUUGCACGUCUGUCAGCACUCGUUCCCUUACGUCUCUCAACCCUCGCCCACCGACCUGCCUCCUCAAGCUACGGAAUCGCGGUGUCAGAAAGCAUGCUUCAGACGCCGUAUUGAAUCCCCGUUCGUAUGGAACCACGCUUCUCUGAUCUCCCACGUGAAGCAACACAUUCACCAGCAGAGAGGAGAUCACGCCCACACACCCAAGGCCACCCAUGCCGCCCACACAACGAAGUCCUCUGUCGCAAGUUAUAAAGUUCCUAAAGACGACUCGCUUCCGGCGUUGCAGAAGUUCAUCAAUGAUAUGCUAGGACCUUAUCAGGGCGUGUACUUGGUCGUGGGCGCCGGCGGGAAUCCGGAAAGCGUGGUGACGCGGCCCCUCGAAGCCAGGCCGGGUUGGAGAGGUCUUUUGGUCGAGGCAAACCCACGCAACUUCGUCAGACUGAGAGACGCGGGCACCAACGCUAGCCUCUUGAACACCUGCGUGACCCACCUGUCUUAUCCACAUGCCAGGUGGGCGUGGAGGCCCCACGGCGCGGACGUGGAAGGGGCGGGCGAGGAGAUCAGGUGGAAACAGGAGGAACAUUUUAUGCUCAAGGAAUACGUUUCCGAACAGGAGGCGCCGCUGGGGAGUUUGCACAAGGUCAUGUGUGUUCCUCUGGAGACCGUCGUUCGGGCUUAUCAUACGAAGGAGGUCCACUUAUUAGUCCUCGACACACCUGGAUUAGCAGACGAUAUCCUGUCCGGUCUUGCGCGCAGUAACUUCAAAUACUCAAUGGUGAUCGUCCGAGCCCACUUGCUAGCCAACGGCCUCGACGAUUCCUGGUACGAGGAUCUGGCCCAAGAAGUUGGUCUGGAGGUCCUCGCCUGGAUGGACGUCACGUCAUCAUGAAGACACCUGAGACCUCCA